UUAUGUUCCAAGUUUUUCGAUCCCGAUCCCGCCUUUCUGCUGCUCUCCGCAACCCCUGAGAGCCCCGAGCGUCUCCAACUCUGGCUAUGUUAGCCAACCCCCUUUGCAGCCUGAAGCCUCAGCUCCCCUGACACCGCCCGGCAGCGGGGUGGAGGCAGGGCCAACCGGGGAACCGCCCCCAGCCGCCUCCCAGCCUAAGCGUUCGGGCGGGUUGCUGGGGUGCCUCCACCUCCUCUUCCUAAAGCGGCGAGGCGCAGCAAAGCGGCAUCACUGGAGCCCAGGUCCCAGGCACCGCCACAGGUCAAGCCCUGCAUUCAGGAAAGAGAGCAACACUGCAGUUAGCCAAAAGCCAGGCAGGCGAGCGGCAGAGAGGCCUCGAUCGAGAAGCCUGGUAGAGCUGCAGAGAUACCUCCGUAGGAGGAGCCAGUCUCUGCCGGAGGCGCCACCGCCACCACCGCAGAAGCAGCGCGAAGUAGCAGUCGCCACCAUGGCCCACUCACCGGUGGCUGUUCAAGUGCCUGGGAUGCAGGGUUCAAAACUAUGGAUAAUAAUGGAAUACCUAGGUGGAGGUUCAGCAUUGGAUCUUCUGCGUGCUGGUCCAUUUGAUGAGUUCCAGAUUGCCACCAUGCUCAAGGAGAUUUUGAAAGGUCUGGACUAUCUACAUUCUGAAAAGAAAAUCCACCGAGACAUUAAAGCUGCCAACGUCUUGCUUUCAGAACAAGGUGAUGUUAAACUGGCUGACUUUGGAGUUGCUGGCCAGCUGACAGAUACACAAAUCAAAAGAAACACCUUCGUAGGGACUCCGUUUUGGAUGGCUCCUGAAGUUAUUCAACAGUCAGCUUAUGACUCUAAAGCUGACAUAUGGUCUUUGGGAAUUACUGCUAUUGAACUUGCCAAGGGAGAGCCUCCGAAUUCUGACAUGCAUCCAAUGAGAGUUCUGUUUCUUAUUCCAAAAAACAACCCUCCAACUCUUAUUGGAGACUUUACUAAGUCUUUCAAGGAGUUUAUUGAUGCUUGCCUGAAUAAAGACCCGUCAUUUCGUCCUACAGCUAAAGAACUUUUGAAGCAUAAGUUCAUCGUAAAAAAUUCAAAGAAGACUUCUUAUCUGACUGAAUUGAUCGAUCGAUUUAAGAGAUGGAAGGCAGAAGGCCACAGUGAUGAGGAAUCUGAUUCCGAGGGCUCUGACUCGGAAUCCAGCAGCAGGGAAAGUAACCCUCACCCUGAAUGGAGUUUCACCACUGUGCGUAAGAAGCCUGAUCCAAAGAAACUGCAGAAUGGGGAAGAGCAAGAUCUUGUGCAAACCUUGAGCUGUUUGUCUAUGAUAAUCACACCUGCAUUUGCCGAACUUAAACAGCAGGACGAGAAUAAUGCGAGUCGAAACCAGGCAAUUGAAGAACUUGAGAAAAGUAUUGCUGUGGCUGAAACCGCCUGUCCUGGCAUCACAGAUAAGAUGGUGAAGAAACUAAUCGAAAAAUUUCAAAAGUGUUCUGCGGAUGAAUCCCCUUAAGAAAUCUGUUGUCAUUACUUUUGGCUUCUGUUUCAUGUGGACCAGGAGAAACCCACCAAAGCUAUGUCAACCUUAUAAAUGCUUAACUCAUGAGCUCCAUGUGCCUUUUGGAUCUUUGCCACAUUGAAGAUUUAGAGGAAGCUAUUAAACUAUUUUGUGAUGGUGAUUAUCAUUUUGUAUUUUAAAGAGAUUAUUUUGUAAGGAAUAAUUUUAAUACUAUAGUUUUGCCGGUAUUGUAGUAAAUGCUGAGAUACAGGUUUUUUGUUUUUUGUUUUUUAAUUUUAGGUACCAUUAUUUCUUAUGUUCAUGGAAUGAAUACUGUUUGGUUUGGAAUCUUUAGUUAACUGUAUACUCAUAAACAUACAGGUCUUUCAAAGUCAUCCUAACUAUUAAAUGUUUGUAAAUCAUCAAGCUUCAAAAAGCAUUCUUUUUCCCCCACACAAGUAUAUUCUAAAAAUGACUAUUUGUAAUGAGGUGGAAGUAAGUAAUACCUUCUUAAAACAAGUGUUUUUAAGAAGCUCUUGAAAAAAAAGAAAACCACCUAGACCUAGAAAGUAUUGACUUUCCUAGCAAGUUGUUCUGAAUUCAGGCAGCCCCAUGUCUAGCACCUUGGAGAACCUUGUGUUUGAAGCACUUCCAUGCAACAUGUAACAGCAGAAGUACCUCUUGGUGUAUUUAUCUUCUCUUUCAGAUGGAAGAAGCAAUUAACCCUUAUUUAACAUUUAAAGUAAUCUCAUUUAGCCGAGAAUGGUGGAGUUGGUCUGGCUUCAGUCUUUAAAUCUUCAGCUCAAAUCACAUAUUACAUGCUUGGAUUUAGAAAACUUUUAACAACCUUUUUGUCUUGUGAUUAAAUACCUGAUCAAUAGGUAUGAGCGUAACUUUAAACCAGCAUUUAUUUUGUCGUGGCAAUGCAUUUUUGUAGAAACUAUUUAUACAUUUUUGUUUAUAAUUAUCCACUCAUAAGUAUAGUGUGUUCAAUUCUGAAGGGGUAUUUAAAUGAACAUUGUCCAACUCAUAGGAAGAUACCAUAGAGCAGGAUCAUUUCUUGUCAUAUAAAAGUAAGAUAGACUGUGCAGUUAAUUUUCAGUUCUAUUUAUGGUACUGUUAAGUGAGUUAUAGCCUUUUUUAGCCAUAUAUAUAUAUAUAUAUAUAUAUAUACUAUGUUUGCCUAAGUGCUAAACUAGGUCUAAUGUAGAAUUGUUGGUACUGAUUAAUUUUGACAGUUAUGAUUUUAAUGUUUGCAUCUUCACAUUUGAGCUUAGCACGAAACAUUUUAAAAUAUCUGUGUAACUGCCAAAUGUGAAAAGGAAAGACAUUGUACAAGUAGCCAAUGCAGUUUUUAAUUGAAAUGUCAAUUACAUCCCUUCUUUUAAAAAAGAAAUACAAACAUUUGAAAGGCAGAACAUUGUAUGCCAAGAAAAUUCUUUUCAUUGGUGCCUAUCCUGUACCUGUUGCUUUGAGUUGACUGUACCUUGAAUUGAUGACUUGGUUAGAUUUUUAGUUUUUUUGUCCAUGCUGUAAAUGACACUCAAUCGCAGUUUGUUCUCCAUAGUGCUCUAAAAAUAAUUGUGUGACUUGAAUAAUGGGUGACAUUCAUAUUUUUGUGAAAGUAAAAACAAGUUCAUAAAUUGAUUAUGGAAAACUGUACCACACGCCUGCAUCCCAAAUACAGCUGGUAUUGCUUACUCAUUAUAGCGUUAGUUCUGUAGACCUGUUUCUAUGUGAAGCAUAUGUCACUGUUUGGGGGAUUUUAAAAAUAAAUAUUUAAAUUUUAUGAUC